CAAACGUCGACCAAUCAGCGGCAUGGGGGUAUCGCCAACCACCUCACAUUCAGCGGGGGAACUACUGUGGAUUGUGAUUUCCUUGCAGCCACACAAUUAUCAUUGUGGAAGGGUAACAAGUGUUUUAGACUCGAGGACAUCCUGGGAGCAGUGCAAACCUGGUGUAACUCCUUACGGUUUGUCACUUCCUCCCCUGGCGAUAUUCCUGAGGACAAAAUAAUUCGGGUUCACGUCUGCAAAUUUCGAGCAAAAUAUCGUAUUCAGAACCACAAGUCCUAA